AAACAUGAAUGCACAAUGUGUGAGCAAGUUUCCGCCCUUCUGUGUUCGGUGUCAAAUGAGUUGAGAAAAGAAAUCAAGCCGUUCUAUAGAGAAUUUACAGCAACCAGGGGGCCUUAUAGUUGCUCAGUUGGGAUCGAUCGUCCGAAGCGAAAUGUUUCUUUCGGGGAAAAUAGUGGAACUGACCGUGGGCCUGAUCAACAUUUUGGUAGCGGUGGACCCCUUCUAUUGGCUUCCGGGAGGCUGCCGGCUCAGGGUGGUAGAUCUCUGAUUAUUACCGCAUCUGGAGUCCUUAUUUUCGGAGCUCUGCUUGCUAAAAAUCAACACAGACGCAACAUUCUCCUAUUUUGGUUGAGAGCAUUGGUGAUUUAUAUUGCAACAAUAAUCUAUGAAAUCAGGCAACAAUAUGAGGAUACGAAUAUUCUGGUGCUUUUAACAUAUAUCCUUGUGCUUGUAGUCAUGGGGCUUCUGAUUUACAGAGUCUAUAACGCCGAGAUCGAAACAUCCAACUUAAAUCCACUCGAACAUGAAACUAAAGCUGAGGAAAUUGGUGACAAAAAGAAAGAACCCCAACCUACGGCACCAGGGGACCCGAACCCACCUCCAUACGAAGUCAAAAGUCUAACAGAUCAGAUUGUUUAAACCAAACAUUUUAUUCUUCUUUUAUUCUAUUAUUAUUUUUAAAAGCUCCAUUGUGCAUUUCAUAAUUCCAUUUAUUAUGCUAGAAAACUUUUCGCAUCGAUAGCAAUUUAAACAUCUCAGCUAUCGAAGAAGGUGCUAUUUGGCUUGUUCCGAGUUUUGGAAAAAAUGUUGGCAUAAAAGUUGUUCUUCGGGAGGGGAUUUCUUGAAAGGGAAUGAUAUUGAUUUAAAAAAAAAGAUUUUUCAUUUUACAAAA